GGUCAGAAGGAAACUGCGACGCGUACGUACGGUUCCCAAUAGUACGUGUGACGUAGUGACGCAGGGUUUCUUUGCUGGAGUAUGGCGGCUUGUGUGGCGCGGAGGUGUUUAUCGUUCUUGGGCCGAUAUCGGCGAGGGGCAGUACAGUCAAGCCUUGGCUUUGAAUUGCGGCCAGCCGAGACUGUUCUUUCGCGGUCCGUCUGUGUUUGCUGCCUUCAACAGAAGCGGACACUCACUUCUCGGCCAGAAGGUAAAGUACUGGAACCUGUGGGAGUGUUUGAAGUGCCAAAGCAACAAGGGAAAUAUGAAACAGGCCAGCUGUUUCUUCACAGUGUGUUUGGGUAUAGAGGCAUCGUCCUGUUCCCAUGGCAAGCCAGACUGUAUGACAGAGAUGUUGCUUCCCCUGUCUCAGAAAAGGUAGACACAUCAGCUGCUCAUGGAUCCAAAGAGGUCAAAGGCAAAACACACACAUACUAUCAAGUUCUAAUAGAUGCAAGAGACUGUCCUCAUAUAUCCCAGAGGUCGCAAACUGAAGCUGUGACGUUCCUUGCAAAUCAUGAUGACAGUCGAGCACUAUAUGCAAUUCCAGGUUUAGAUUAUGUAAGUCACGAAGACAUCCUUCCAUACAACUCCACAGACCAGGUGCCCAUCCAGCAUGAGCUGUUUGAAAGGUUUCUCAGUUUUGAUCAGACUAAAGUGCCACCCUUUCUUGCAAGGGAAACUUUGCGUGCAUGGCAGGAGAAGAAUCACCCAUGGCUAGAGCUCUCAGAUGUGCACCGAGAGACCACAGAGAAUAUCAGAGUCACAGUUAUCCCUUUCUAUAUGGGAAUGAGGGAGGCUCAAAACUCUCAUGUAUACUGGUGGCGGUACUGCAUUCGUCUAGAAAAUCUUGGUGUUGAAGUUGUUCAGCUGAGGGAAAGACACUGGCGAAUUUUCAGCCUAUCAGGAACUUUGGAAACUGUGAGGGGCCGUGGAGUCGUAGGCAGGGAACCAGUACUGUCUAAGGAGCAGCCAGCAUUUCAGUACAGCAGCCAUGUUUCUCUACAGGCAUCCAGCGGUCAUAUGUGGGGUACAUUUCGCUUUGAAAGGCCUGAUGGCUCGCACUUUGAUGUCCGAAUUCCUCCUUUUUCUUUGGAGAGCAAUAAGGAUGAGAAGACACCCCCUUCUGGUCUUCAUUGGUAGAGGCGCAACUUAUGCCGUCUUCACUGAUCAGCACUUUGUAGAACUGUUAUUACCCUGAAUACCUGCUCUUAUAAGAAGGAAAAUGUUUGUUUUAUUUGCUUCUCGAGAGCCCUUUGAGUCUAGUUUCUGGAAAAAAGACCUUUUUAUUAAGGUUUCUAUUCACAGGACUGAAGCUGCUGCAUUUAAGUAAUUCCCAUGAUGAUGAGCCUUGUAAAAAUCAUGUCGUUCUAAAUCAUCUAGGAGCCUUUUGGGAAUUUCAGUUUCAUUGAAUAAAGAAAUAAUGUUUCUUGAAGACA